AUUUCAUCAUUGGCUUUCAAGUUGCCCGGUUAAAAAGUCGAAAAUCUUUUUUGUGUGUUGUGCUCAGUUUUUCUCAUAUUUUGCAUAAAUAAGAGCAAUGGGUGAUCAGGAAAGAGGACGACGUAGGCCUUUCAGUGCUGGUGAUAGUGCGCAUGAGCCUAAUGCAAAACUAUUCCGAGGACAAGCGAACAGUAGCGCAUCGCGCACUUUGGAUCCUAGGAACGCCCCAUCACCAAAAGACGAGAGGCCUUCCACAUCUCGUCAAGCUGCAGCUUGUGAGACAAAUACACCGCGUGGACCAGCAACUGGGGGUGGAAAUGGGAGCAAUCGAGUUCAGAAACGUAUGGAUCGAUUUGAAAUUGUUCACACAAGACCCGUCGAAGUGGUGUCGAAGGUUGGAAAAGAAGGCGCACCGAUUCAGUUAUUGUCGAACUAUUUUCGACUGAACACCACUCCUAAAUGGCGCAUUGUACACUACCAUGUUGAUUUAUCGCCAGAGAUUGAACUUCUCCGAGUACGCUGUGGCAUAUUAUCGGAUCAUGCUGCAGCAUUGGGAAAAGGCUAUCUUUUUGAUGGCAAACAGUUAUUUACGACAAAAAAAUUUGAGCAGGAUAUUACAAUUCUUAACGGAAAAUCUAAGCAGGAUAUUAACUACACUAUUACAAUUAAGUUUGUGGGUUUUAUUUCAACAGCGGAGGAGCGCUUUUUACAAGUGCUGAAUUUGAUAUUGCGACGUUCUAUGAAGGGACUUAACCUAGAGCAGGUCGGACGAAAUCUAUUUGAUCCGCACGCAAAGGUAUCGAUGCGUGAGUUUUCCUUAGAAUUAUGGCCUGGUUACGAGACUUCAAUACGACAGCACGAAAGAGAUAUUAUGUUGUGUAGCGAAAUCGCACAUAAAGUUAUGCGCACCGAAACCGUUUACGAUAUUCUUGUUCGCAGUUCCCAGAAUCCUGCUCGGCAUCAGGAGGAAUUUCGCAUGAACGUUUUGGGCUUAAUUGUGCUCACUGAUUAUAACAACAAAACAUAUCGUAUUAAUGAUGUUGACUUUACAAAAUCACCACUUGCUACAUUUAAUUGCAAGGGAAGAGACAUAAGCUUUGUAGAAUACUAUUUAACGAAAUACAACAUUCGCAUUCGGGAUCACAAACAACCAUUGCUUGUUUCGAAGAAUAAAGAUAAAGCUCAAAACACGAACGCCAACGAAUUGGUUAUUCUCAUUCCAGAGUUGUGCCGCGUUACUGGGCUUACAGAUAACAUGCGCUCCAACUUUCAACUUAAACGCGCGAUGGCAGAUCACACACAGUUAAAUCCAGCCAGACGUAUCGAUCGCUUGCGCACAUUUAACCGAAGGUUGCAGACGACUCCCGAAAGUGUAAGGGUACUGAAUGAUUGGAACAUGAAGUUAGAUGAGAAUCUUGUUGAGAUUCAAGGUCGUAUAAUUGCACCACAAAAAAUCCUCUUCCUUAAUAAUCGCAUUUCCGCUGGGGAUCAGGCCGAUUGGACGCGUUAUUUUCGGGAUAAUCAAAUGUUUACUACACCCAGUCAAGGACUUGAUCGCUGGGCAGUAAUUGCACCACAACGAAACUCUCGAGAUCUUCGCACACUGCUUCAGAAUUUAAAUCAAGUUGCGCGUGGCAUGGGUUUUCAAAUCAGAAGCCCACGCGAAACUAUGAUUUACGAUGAUCGCACGGGCAGUUACAUUCAAGCCUUAGACGACUGUGCCCGCAUUGAUCCACAGUUAAUUUUAUGCCUCGUGCCAAAUAACAACACCGAACGAUAUUCGUCGAUCAAAAAGAGAGGAUGCGUGGAUAAAGCAAUUCCUACUCAAGUGGUAACAACAAAAGCCACUCAAAGGGGAAUGAGUGUCGCUACAAAAAUUGCAAUACAAAUCAAUUGCAAGCUCGGCUACACCCCAUGGAUGAUAGAUUUACCGUUGUCCGGGUUGAUGACAAUUGGAUUUGAUAUAGCAAAAUGUACUCGUGAUCGCUCGAAGGCCUAUGGAGCUUUGGUUGCUUCGAUGGACCAACAACAAAACUCGACAUACUUUAGUACUGUGGCUGAAUGUAGCGCAUACGAUGUGAUGGCCAACAAUUUAUGGCCAAUGAUGUUAAAGGCUCUUAGACAAUAUCAUCGCGAGCACCAAAAGUUACCGGCCAGGAUAGUAUUUUAUCGUGAUGGUGUGAGCUCAGGCUCGCUAAAACACUUGGUUGAAUAUGAGGUUAAGGAUAUUGUAGAAAAGCUUGAAGCUGAAUAUCAACGCGCUGGGUCUACAACACCGCCAAUGCUUGCAUAUAUUGUGGUGUCAAGGGCGGCGAACACCCGACUCUUCACAUCGUCCAAACAAAAUCCACCGCCUGGAACCGUGGUUGAUGAUGUGAUCACAAUGCCCGAACGUUACGACUUUUAUUUAGUGUCUCAGGCAGUUCGUCAUGGGACGGUCGCCCCCACAAGCUACAAUGUAGUCCAUAGCAAAAUUCGAUUGAGUCCCGAUCAAAUUCAAAAACUCACAUAUAAGAUGUGUCAUUUAUAUUACAAUUGGUCGGGCACUACACGCGUUCCAGCAGUAUGCCAAUAUGCUAAAAAGCUAGCAACCCUUGUAGGUACAAACAUACACGCCAUUCCACAGAAUGCGCUUGAGAAAAAGUUUUAUUAUCUUUAAGUUUAAAGUUUAAUCGAAAUCACAAUAUCUAUAAGUUGAAUUGAAAUUGAAUUUACUAUUGGAUAUAGAUUUUUAUGUUUCUCCAAAUAAUUUCAGAUGACUAUUUUUGUCAAAUUGCAGUUACACAAUUGAAUUUAGUUUUUGAUUUAAUAAUAAAGUAGACUACCACAAAAGUAAAUUG